GGUGUUUUAGGACUCCUGAACCUCAAUGCAAAGCUAAUAAUCCUAGAAAUCAGCGGUGUGUGUGACACACACAUCCACUCUCUUUCUGCCUCUCUUCAUCAUACACGCCCAGGAGGAUGAACAAACACGUUAGAGGAGAUGAGAACUGCACUUAAUGUCACUUUUUAAACUCUUUUUUUCUUUUCUGUGGGAUAAUGCUCGGCUAAUGUGAUGGUAACGUGGCUCAUCAACGCCGGGGGAUUUCAGGAACUUUUUUCACCUCGGAUGCACCGGUUCUAAUUAUUUUAUCAUUUAGAGUUGUCUUUAAAUAGCCAGUAAUUGUCUAACAUAUAUCAUUAAUUUAUAAUAUUAAGUAUGUAACGUUAUGUUUUUUAAAUCGCCAAUAUUUUAAAAAUAUUGAAGCUGUCUGUGUCCGAUAAGAGACCAUUUAUCCGGUUAAAAUCUCGCAGAUUCAUUCACGGGCGGUUUACUGUGCACUGGCGUAUGUUAAAAAUGUUACUCCGUCUGUAAGUAGUUGUUCAGAUGCUCUAAUAAUUUUAACAUCUGAUUUAAUAAUUGUAUUUUGUGUUAAAACACAUCUGUCUGUCGCUGUCGUGCUGGUUGAAGUGAGAUUCACGAGCCUCAGUCCAGCGUUCGCGUGUUUCCAUCCACCCUUCGUGAACUUUAAUUUUUGCUGUUUGUGAAGGAGUGUUAUUAGUCAAUACUAGGAAGGAAACUGUCUUUAUUGUGUUGGGAUGCGGAAGGUAGAGGAGUAGGUCUGAUGGUAAACAUGUUGAGGGUUUAAAGUGAAUGGCUUGGUGAUCAUGUCGUCUAUGGAGGGUGUUUUCUCCUGGGUGGGUGACUGGCAGUGGCUCUGCAUGGUCACUCUCUUUCUGGCCUCUGUUGUCACUUUGAUUAUAUACUUGGUGCUGUAUUUUUCCAACAAACCUCCUGUUGGGAAAACACCUCUCAGUCAUGUGGAUUCGGAGGAGGCCGAUGGGAUUUUAUGCUGGGUACUGUCUCUGAAAAGCUGGAAGAGUCAGUGGAGACGAGCCUGGUUCAGGAGCCUCAAUGAAGAAGCUAGGAGAUCACAGAGCGGGAUUCAGCUGACAUUUGAAGAAGAUGGUGUUCAUUCAUCAGAACUGGCUUUGGACCAGAUUUCAAGCUUUAUGAAAACACCCGGUCAAAAGAAUGCCCUGUGUCAGGUGGUUGGAAACAAGCUGCAGUUUUCUCUCAGUGCUUUACCAAGCUCAGCGUCUUCAGAAACCCCCCUGAGAUACAGUGCGAAGAUAUCUCCUCUUCGUCUGCAGCUGGCCCUACAGAUGAAAGAGGUGAACGAGGAGGUGGAGAUUUCCUGGGGGGUGCUUCACCUGAACUCUGUAGAUUUGCAGCUGACGCCAAGUUUUACACAGAAAGCAUGUGACGCUCUGUGUAUGUUUCAGGGAGAUUGUGAAAGUCUAAGUGAAGCUGCUGUGAAUGACAGGCUCAGACAGGUCUUGAGUCGAGCUCAAGCGUCCGUAACUUUGAGCAGCCGGCCUGCAGAGUCUGCAGAAGUCAAGGAAGUAAGGAACAAGACCUUGCAGGUGACCUCACCCCCAAAGCCCCCGCGGGCUCAUGAGUGGAAACUAUUAGUGAAGAACAUCCGGGUCACAUGCAAACAGGAGGAUGGUGCUGCAGGCGGCAUGAAUCCCCAGUGUAUCCUCCAAUUGGAUGAUCCUCCUCAGAAGGUCACCAGUUCAGUCUUGACUAACACAUCCACCCCAGCCUGGGACCAGCCCUUCAUAUUUGAGCUUAGCGGACGGUCAAAAGAGCUGAAUAUUCAGGUUGUGGAUAACGGCAAACCUCGGGAGACCUCUUUGUUAGGGCAGGUAUCUGUGCCUUUUGAUCUAGUGAAGAAACACCCCAAAGGUCAACAGACCUUUUCACUCAUGGCCAAAGAUCAAGUGACUGGAUCACUAACUACUGAGUUCACCUACCUGGAGCCCAGCGAGGUGCGUAGCUGGCAGACGCCCAUGCCGGCCCCUACUAAGAGAGUGGAGAUGGACCGCACUGUGAUGCCCUGUGGCACUGUUGUUACCACUGUCACUGCUGUGAGGAGCAAACCAGGACGACCUUUAGCACCUGAAUCCAAAUCGCCUUCUAAAAACAAGCUGGCGGAGAGAAGGGUGUCGGAGCAGACAUCAUUACUUGGAGCCAAAGUUAGCAAAGCCCUGUCAUCAUCAGAUACAGAGUUAUUGAUCUUAAACGGGACCGACCCUGUAGCCGAGGCUGCCAUCAGACAGCUGCAUGAGUCGGCAAAACAGAAGCUCAAAUCUCCUGUCAAAAAGAGCACCAUCAUCAUCUCAGGAGUGACCAAGGCCCCUCUGACACAGGAUGAGGAGAUGGCUCUGAUGGCAGGAUAUGCAGCUGCGAUGAACGCUUCAAUGUCCGGAGCAUCUGAAGGCACCAGCAGUGAAGUGUUACCAUCAGAAACAGUGGCAGAACCCGGCAUUCUCGAACCCACAGAGUCUCUGGCAGGUGUGAAUGGCACAGACCACAUGGAGGACUGGGAGAGCCAGGCCGGAGAAGACCCAGAUGCAGAUAAAACGUCUCUGUCCCUCUGUAUCUCUGAAACGGGUUCCAAAAAAGGAAAAGGCAGCUUCCUGCACAAGAGUGCCAAGCUAUUCUUCAGGCGGCGACAUCAGCGAAAGGAGCCUGGAAUGAGCCAGUCCCACAAUGACCUGCAGUACUUGGAGCAUCCCGAGGCGGCCAUGAUGGGCGACAGGGAAAAGAGGACGGCCACCUUCAGGCGCAUCAUCAACCGCAAGCUUCUACCCAGGAGCAAGAGCAAAGCCAACGGCACAGUGAGAGAACCGCCCACAUGAACUGCCCACUCCGUCGCCUUCAUCAAAACUAGUAGCUUUUGCACCUCUUCAUCUUUCUAACAUCCUCCCUAUCACAUUCAUUCUUGUAACUUUUAUGCAAGUCAUUGCUAGUUUCUGGGCCAUAUUUGCCAAAACGUCUGCGUAGCAACAAUCACUCUCAUCAACUCCAUAUUAACACCAUCAUCCAGAUUUCCUGAAAACCUAUUCCAUUAUUCAGACCUCUCAGCUUGGUUCUUCUUGGUCAGCUCUAUGAAGUCCGUCUGCCUGGCGCUAGAUUCAUUUCUUUGUCCAUGUAGAGGGACAUUAGGGGCGCUUUCCCUACUUGACAGUUCUGUCCACACCUUUCACCUUCAUCUUUGAACUUUGUGCGUGUGUUAAUGCAAGAAAGUUUACAAAACAUCAUCCAAAUGAGCACUGGCUCUCUUCGUCGCUCCAAAUGACUCCGUGUCAUUUAACCUUAUGCAAAUAUUGAUCGUCAUGCAAAUGAUAUUCUGCGUUUGUGGCCUUCUAACCAAAGCUGGAUUUGAGGACAACCCUUUCUUGCCAUCUACCUGAGCUUUAACCCUCUGGAAACCCUCUGGCGACCUGAUGAAUCCUGGAAUAUCAGACAAGGGAAAACCAUCGUUUUGAGUUGCACUUAUUUAUAUGCUCAGAACUCAUUCCAAAUGCGUUUGCAGGGAUGUGCAGUGAAUUCUGUGGGGUUUGGUAGUGAACAUGCUUUAUAAAAAAUGAUGUGAAAGACCUCUGUCUUGAUGUGAAUUGAAUAUGAGAGUUUUCCUUUUGUUAGGGAGACAAAUCUGCAGUUCCACCAAAUUUGACUGAAUAGUGAGUUUUAUUUUCAAAAAUUGUGCAGCGAAACAUUUUCAGACAGAGCAUGACGUUUAAAAUGUUCUGGUUUGGCACUGAUAUGUUCGCUUUAAAACAGGUUUGGUGUUUUAUUCAUCUUUUCAUUUCUAAAUAUUCGAACAGAGAUGGGAAAAUAUUAAUAAAUUAUUUUAUUUUAAAUAUUUUCCUUUUAUUCAUACAUUAUUCAGUGUACUGUGUAAUUAAUGUGUAAACAUGUUUA